AUGUCACAGAACAACACAAUCAGCUCAAUGAAUCCUGAAAGAGCUUACAACAAUGUAACGCUGAAAAAUUUAACAGCAUUUCAGUUAUUAUCUCAAAGAGAAAACAUAUGCGAGUUAUUGAACUUGGUAGAAAGUACGGAAAGACACAAUAGUAUUAUCAAUCCUGAAAGGCAAAGGAUGAGUUUGGAAGAAAUGAAAAAAAUGCUCGAUGCUUUGAAAAAUGAAAGGAAAAAGUAG